UAUACUCCACCAGGUUUUUGCCAAUUCAAGUAAUGUUAAUAACCAUAAAUUUAUAUUGUAGAGGUCCAAAAGGAUCCAGCUUAGUUAGGUAAUAAGAUAAAAUAGAUAACAUGCCUAGGUGACAGCUGGUAAAUCGUCACCUACCUGGCUUCUUGAAAUUUUUACCUGAACUAUUUAAAAACCAUCUGCCCACACUCUCAACGCUUCAGUAACAAUUGACAAGUCAACAUGAAAUUACUUAUUUUAAUUGUAUUUCUACUGCCGUUUCGGCAAUUGGUGCUUGGUAGCAUGGCAGAACUCAGAAGGAAAUCGCACACCGAGGAAUUCGAGGGAAUGUCAGCCUUGUUCAGAGCCAUGUCUUCUUCGCCAAACGAUGGAUACACGUACAAUUGGAGCGUGGUCUCGUUUUCAACAGGUGGCCAACCCGAUUCGGGCUUGAAUUGCACGGUUUUGUAUUUGGAUCAGUGCACAUCCUGGAACAGAUGCCGCCAAACCUGCCUGAAAACAGGAGCCACCAGCUACAGAUGGUUUCACGAUGGUUGCUGCGAGUGCGUGGGUGAACACUGCAUGAAUUAUGGCAUAAACGAGAGCAGGUGUCGCCUAUGUCCUGAGCCAGGGUUCGAGGAUGAGGAGGAUUAAGGAAUAUUUAGUUUUACAUCCUGGAAAUAAAAUGAAUGCUUUAAUGCUAGGAGCAACUAAUAAUAUUAAAAAUAAUAAGAUCUAUAUUCAAAUAAAAAAUAAAUUCAAAAUUCAAUAAUGUUUGAAAUAACGUAUAUAGUAAGUGUGUGGUAUUCAAU